GAUUACGCUCAAGACAUAGCCGGAGGGACAAUUGCGUGGCAGAUCACCUCCUUUUCUGCCUUCGCAGCUCCUUGGAGCUCCGCUCAGAACACCGAUCCCCGAACGGUUCUUAAUAGCCGUGACGCAUCACAUUGCUGGGCCCCUCCCUCCCUCCCCGCCCAGAUAGGUGUUCGAAGUACGCAAAUGAUCCACCCGACGCACAUCAUCAUCGACACUCUGGCAACGGACCCCGAAGGACGCCUCCGGGCACCGAAGAACAUGCAUCUAUGGGGCGCUGUAGAUGGCAAGACGAACACGCAGCUCUUCGAGAAGCUACCCGCUGACGCUGGCAAACCCAAAAGACCAACGAUUCAUAAGGACGUACGUUGGGUGCUCCUAGGGUCACCUGUUUACGACAUUCACAACCGCACCCGAGCACAAUCGUUUCCACUCUCCCAUGAGUUUGUGGACCUGGGGAUGACUUUUGGAGUCUUCGCACUGGAGAUCAUGGACAAUUGGGGGGCACCUCCGAUGUCGACGUGCCUAUCGAGUGUGUGGAUUUACGGAACUCCCCCGUAG